AUGACGACAGAAGCCGUGCCAGACCACGCUUCCCCCGCCUCUUCGCAGCAUACGGAUUCCGGGGAAAAGAGCACUUGCAGUGAAAAACGAGCGGCAGCAGGGGGCCAGGCCCCAAGCGGCCCCCAUAAAGCCACCAAGCGAAGAGCGGCACGAGCUUGUGUGUCGUGUCGAGCGCGCAAAGUUCGCUGCGAUGUUGUCGAAGGUGCACCCUGCGGCAACUGCCGCUGGGACAACGUCGAAUGCAUCGUGCAAGAAAGCCGUCGGCGAAAAAAGAAAAUCGGCACACCACCAACCUCGCUGGCUUCCACCAGCUCGUCAACCGAGACGCAACUUCGACGCAAAAUCGCAUCCGCUGCCACGUCUACAAGCCAAGCGCAAGCGCAAGCACAAGCAACAGCAAAGCCAUCCUCCGCAGCGCCGUCGACGUUGAUAUCCGCUUCGUUGGCAACCCCCCCAUUAUCGACAAGUGGCACAGAUGCAGCGACACGCUCAAGCAGCGUCUCUGCUUUCUCCACGCACAGCUCGGACGCGGUCAGUGGUACACCAUUGAUGCCCAAGAGCCGCCGCAAUGACGGUCAUGUCCCUCACAUGCUCUAUCAACGAUGCACUGGAUACCGCAACGACUAUUCCCACUUCACUGACGUUUCCUCGUUUGCAAAUGGCCGCACGGCUCACUCUCUCAACUCGUUGGAGCUUCCAGAUGCUGCUGCUUCCCAGCUGCCGGCCUUUGUUCGACCUCUGCCCCCCAAAAUUGCACCAGAAGACGUCCAAUAUCUCGCCAUUAAGGGUGCCUUGACGCUACCCAACAUUGCUCUGCAGAAUGCGCUGCUCCAGUGUUACAUUGAAUACGUUUAUCCGUACAUGCCGCUUAUUGAUCUGCACCAUUUCCUGAGCAUUGUCGACCGGCGAGAUGGCGCAAAUGGACAGACGAGUCUAUUGCUUUACCAAUCCAUCAUGUUCUCAGCUACAGCAUUUGUCGACAUGAAGCACCUGCGGGAAGCUGGAUACGCCACCCGGAAAGCUGCCAGGAAGGCAUUUUUCCAGAAAACAAGGCUUCUCUACGACUUCGACUACGAACAAGACCGCCUUGUUCUCGUCCAGUCCCUGAUGCAGAUGACGUAUUGGUACGAGACGCCGGAUGAUCAGAAAGACACUUGGCACUGGAUGGGUGUGGCCAUUUCACUUGCCCACACCAUUGGCUUGCACCGCAAUCCUGGUGCAACAAUCAUCCCGGUUUCGAAGCAGCGCCUGCGGAAACGCAUAUGGUGGUCUUGCUUUAUGCGCGACCGUCUUAUUGCUCUCGGCAUGCGUCGACCAACCCGAAUCAAGGAUGAGGACUUUGAUGUGCCAAUGCUGGUGGAGAACGAUUUUGAGAUUCGGCGCCUUGAGGAGGGAAUCAGCGUCGUUUCCCCAGAAUGCACACUGAUUCGAGAUGUCAACAUGCAGCAUGAGCUCGCCCUCAUGUGCAUUUCCAAAGCAAAGCUGUGCUUGUGUAUUAGCCGUAUGCUGAAGACGCAGUACUCGGUGCUCAUCCGUGACAAGAUGACGCCCGAGAACACGACCAAUAGCACCAUGAUGCUGUUCCCCAACAAACAUAUCGGCAGCGUCCAUUCUGUAGACUUGGAGCUCAGCGCCUGGGCUGCGUCGCUUCCCGAUGUCUGCCUGUACCGGCCGCUCAGCCCGGUGGACAUCAGAGACGGCAGGUCGACGGUUGCGGUGCAGCGCACUAUUCUACACAUGGUGUAUCACACCACGAUUUCGGCGCUUCAUCGACCUCAGUUCUUACCAUCGUCACCCAACCAAGCCCCCGCUGCGUCCCUCCAGGCCCAGGAGAUGUCGAGGCUGCGGGUUCGCGAUGCCGCGGCGCAGAUUACGUGCAUGACUUCAGAGCUGCACAACCUUGGGCUCGAGAAGUACUUGCCCACCACGGGGGUGACGGUCAUCCUGCCCGCCAUGAUCAUCCACUUGCUGGAAAUGAAGAGCUGUACACCUCAAGCCCGCGACCGCGCAACCAGGGGCUUCCGCCAGUGCAUGCGCGUGAUGGUGAAGCUCCGGGAUAUGUACGCUGCCGCCGAUUACGCCACUGGCUUUUUGGACGCUGCUCUGAAAAAGGCCGCCAUCGAUCUCAACAAGACCAAUGUUGGCCAAGAGGCCCUGUCUGGCCUGAAACACGACCUGCCGCCCGAGUUCAGCGUUCAGACGCCGCCGCCGGAGAAUGUGCCCUACAUGACUGCCUCGGAGACAUUAUUCCAGCAAAAGACGAAGCCGGCGUUGGCAAAGAUGGCCACGCUGCCCCCAAACAAAAUCAAUGCUGCCGCGCUGGAACUAUCCGCGACCUCACCCCCGCAGACCGACCUUGACUCUGCCGAGCUCACCCCCAGUGCUAGCGGCCAAUCCGAAGAGCAGCAACUUGGUAACCUGGAUACCUUUGCACUGGAUCCCAUUCAAGGAAACGAUGAAUUCGACUGGAACGCCGUAUCCGGGACAGAACUUGACAUUGAUCAGUGGCUCCAGUUUCCCGGGGACGGCAACGGCUCUGGAAACGUCGGCGACAGUGUCAUUGUCGACCUGUUCAGCAGUACGGACCAAGUAGGCAAUCAGAUCACGGCGGGUGGUGACCUCGACUCGGUCGACUUUGACAAUGAUGGGGAUGUCCAAAUGAAGGGCGAAGCAAGUGCGCAGCUGGAGAUUUCCGCGUGA